AUGUGUUCCCAAGUCUCGAUAGCAGCAGAGUUGACGCAUGUUCCCCUCAGUAUAAUCUUCAACUUUCUACAUGAAGAAGUAGAUAAUCAUGACUCUUUACUUCUCCCUUGCAUAUACGUGAACAAACAUUGGAGUGAGGUAGCAAUACCUAUACUCUGGCAAGCGCCUUUUCAAAAAGGACCUAUAAACCCAAUAUAUACUCUUCUGUCUUUUGCAGAAGAGGAUAAACUCAAAGAAGUGUUGCUCACGCGACCUCACCGAGCAUUGAAGCGGCGGUUACUCAAGAAACCGCCAUUAUUUCCAUAUCCUCGAUACAUCCGACAGCUUGACAUUGUGCCUCUUGCACAACUUUGUCGUAAUGUAUUAGCACCACAAGUCAGACCGCUUGCAUCAAAGAUGGUGGAAAUAAUGUCUGGGUGGAUGAUUGGAAAGGUACUUGAAGUGUUUAACGUAUAUGGGGCCAGAAUAAAUUGUCUGCGAGUAGAAGGAGAUCAAGUAACGGAAGAGCAUAUUACACCAAUCAAUAAUCCAACAUGUAGACAAGUCUUCGCGUCCACCAAGAAGUUAAUUAUGAACACUAAAGUAUCGAAGGAACAGUUCUUUAAGAAAUUCAAAGAUACAUGCCAGCAAGUCGGAUGGAUUGAAUGCAACUUUUUCAAUCCAGACCUUACCCAAAAUCCCGCUAAUGAGCUUGAAAGUUUCUGCAGUUUCGUUAACGCUCAAAAAACAGUCACAUGCUAUCGCGUACACUCUUUCGGUAGCCAGUAUUACGAUACGCCUUUACUAACAGCACCACUACGUAAACACGCUCCCACAAUACGUAUCCUUCGUUUUGAACACCAGGCGUUUCGUACUAAAGAUGUUAUUAGCGACAUAGCUAGCUGUCGAAACGUUGAAUGUCUCUCGUUCAUACAUUGUACUUUAACCGAUUCCUGCAUUGAGGAUCUACUUAUCUCUACCGAAUUCCCUAACUUAGUCGAAGUAAAUAUAACAACUGACCCUAGCAGUCAGUGUGGUGAUGCUAGUUUAAAAAUAUGGCUUUGGGCAGAUGAUAUAAACAUGAAGUAUGGUGAUGAAAGUGAAGAGGCAGAAUUUACAGAUGAUGAUGAGAGUGAGGAUGAAUCCAAGGGUGAGCCCAAAGAUGAGAACGCAGACAAUGAUGAUAAAAAUGAGGUGGAAAGCGAUAGAAAUUUAUGGCAUAUAUAUUCGGAAAAUGUGGACAUAGAAUCUAGGAUGGAUGACUGUGAUUACUAUCCGUCAUCAUAUGAGAGUGACCCAAAUUCUGACGUGUGA